AUGGAUGGACUGAAGAUGGCCUUGACUGGAUCUUGGCAAAACUGUCGUAACUGUUUUCCAGGUGCCCUGAAAGACUACCUGAAGUUCAACGACUCUCUGCCUGCACGCAUCAUUGUGUACAGAGAUGGAGUGGGCGAUGGCCAGCUGCACAGUGUGGUUAGCUAUGAGGUUCCGCAGAUCAUCGACUCCAUCAGGUCAAUGGGGCAUGACUACGUCCCUAAGCUGAGUGUGGUGGUGGUGAAGAAGCGCAUAAGCAGCAGGUUUUUCGCCCACCUCAAUGCCAAGGUGUCCAAUCCUCCCCCCGGCACCGUCGUUGACUCAGAGGUCACCCAGCCAGAGUGGUAUGACUUCUACAUUGUGAGCCAAGCUGUUCGCUGUGGAAGUGUCUCACCAACCCACUACAAUGUCGUGUAUGACACCAGCGGACUCAAGCCUGAUCACAUGCAGCGGCUCACCUACAAGCUGUGCCACAUGUACUACAACUGGCAGGGGAUCAUCCGAGUGCCCGCUCCCUGCCAGUACGCCCACAAGUUGGCCUUCCUUGUGGGUCAGAGCCUCCACAGAGAGCCCAGUGUGAAACUGGAUGACUUCCUCUUCUACCUUUAAGGAUUCAAAG